CCAUAUCGCAUUUAUUGUUCCUUUAUCUCUUCGGCGUCAGGCGGGGCAUAUAUUGCCUUCGCGAACUCUGCGCGGCCUUCUGCUUGUCCGGAAUAAUCCAUAUUUCGAGACUUUCGCGAGCACAAUCGAAGGAAACGACCGAAAGACGUACAACGACGAGCCACAGGUCCAGUCCAGGAUGUCCUCGACAAAGGCACAAACGACAGUGCCAACUGCAACUACCUUCUGCUUCAAAGCACCAUACACACCAGGCAGCGUAACGACACCAAACUCGCCCGCGACGAAGACACGGCGUGUCUCGCUUGCGCUCCCCUCGAGCCCGAAGGAGUUCCAGGCCUGGUCCUUCCGCGACGACACGGGCGUCGGCGCGCGCAGCGGACAGUCGGGCGAGGAGCAGUCGGGCAUGCACGAGAAGCGGGGCAAGAUGCGCAAAUUAGCCGACGGUGACGCGGCGACGGAGAAGAAACAACGAAAGCGCUGGACGCCCGAGGAGACGCAGAUGCUGGUGGAGGGGUGCAACCGACACGGCGUCGGCAAUUGGAAAGCGAUCCUCAGCGACCCCACGUUGACCUUCGACAAUCGUUCCCCCGUGGAUCUCAAAGACAGAUUCCGCACGUACUUCCCCGACGCGUACAAGAAGCACUACCCAAACGCGAAGACGCACCUCUCGUCCAAGGUUCGCUCCACCCUCCCCGACGGCUCCAGCCUGUUCGAGAAGACGCGCUCCAAGAAGCGACGCCCGUUCACGGAGGAGGAGGACCGCGCGCUCAAGGCUGGAUACGAGAAGCAUGGGACCGUCUGGGCGACGAUCGUCAAGGACCCCGUCUUUCAGGAGCAGAACCGCCGCUCGACGGACUUGCGCGACCGUUUCAGAAAUGCGUACCCAGAGCUGUACGAGGCGGCAGGGUACAAGCCGCGCAACGCGUCGACACGGAGAAGGACGCAGGCUGGUGAUCCCAUCCGCGCCGCCACGGAUGAUCAGCUGGCUAUGUCGAGCACCGGACCAACCCGCCGGCGACGGCGGGCGCACACCAGUCAGGGAUUCUUGCGCGGCGGCACAAAGAGCGUACCCCAGAGCAACGCCAACUCCGAGGACGAGGCAAGCGACGAUGAAGACACCGUUUUCAGGCGGCCUCAGACUCCUGUCUUCUCCCCGCCGGAAGCGGCGUCAACACCAUCCACAUCCAGCGCUAUCGUCGCGUCGCCGUCGGCGGCGGAGCCGCCUCCUGUCAGUGAGGAUGAGGAGAUGAACCUCCUCGGUCCAGACCUCUUAGCCGAGCCGGAUUCGCUGCUCAACUUCCUCACUCUGCCGGAAGCACCGACGCAAACCUGGUCUGCUCCGGGCACUCACACGCCCACGCAUUCAUCUCAAGGGUGGGCUGCGGCUAUGGGCUCACCAACAUCGCCGGACAUGUCCGCCAAUUUGUAUGCGUCGCAGUCUAGCGAUACUUUUGGCGGCUACGGUGGCGGCAUGAUUGGCAAGUCAGCCUGGGGCACGCAGGACUGGUUCUCCCCCAACCCUCGCAUGGACCCCGAGAGCAGCGCCAGCACGUCCUCGUCGUACUACGACUCGAGCGGCCUCAGCAGCUUCUCCUCACCCGUCAGCCACGGCGUCAUGGACCGUCUUGAUCUCUUCCCGACCUCCCUCAGCACGGACUUCUCGUCCGAAAUCGGCUUCGGCGAGACGCACUCAACGUUCUCGGACGAGCUCUUCCACCCGGCCGGAUUCCGCGGCUUCACGCACCAUUCCGAUACUGCCGGCGACCUCAUCUUCGGCGCGCGCACGCAUCAGUCGCAGACCAUGGGCAGCGCCCUCGGUCUAUCGGAAGCCCCUGCACAAACGACGGGCAUUCACCCAAGCCAGCUGCACACACCUGCACUGGCUAACAUCGACGAGGUUGAGAACAUCGAGAUCUCGUGCAUGAAUCUCAAUGAUUCAGUCGGGGUGACAGUCGACCAGCCCAUGGCUGACGCGACUUUGACUCAGAGUGCGCCCGCGUCCUCACAGCAGGCCGAGCGAAUAAACCUCGAGGACUAUGUUGAUCUAUCCGCUCAUGAGGUGCACAAUAGCCCGCCGAGUACGCCCGUGACGCGGUACCGACCCUUGCGGCCUGCUGCGGUCGACGGCGGGAUGAGCGCACACGGCCGAUCGAUAUCGGUACCUCCAGCACGGUACGCGCCCGUCAAUGGUCGUCCACCAACGGCGCACGCGAACUCUCAGCCGGAGUUAGGACAGCGACGAAUGUCAUUCUACGAUCUCGCCAGCCCGCCAUCAUAUUCCGGGCAGCUGCCCUAUGUCGCGCCCCCUAUGGCCCCUUCAGCGAGCCUUCCCGUCACCACUAUCGUUCCUGGGCAAAUGGGUCCACCGCCCAUGCCGCCACCAGGCGCAAUGCCGCAAAGCAUAGCGACCGGAAGUAUGAGCAGCCCGCCUGCGCCCCCUCCUUUUACCGGGUUUGCCUCCUUCUCUGACCCGUACAUUCAAUCGGGUGAUCCGCUCGACCUAGCAUUCCUCGACUUGCACCACUACGGCGUACCGGACGGUGCCUCGAUGGAAUGGGACACCGACCGGCAGGGGCAGGCGCUCGAUCUCGCGGAACCUGUGCGCAAGCCGCCGACCCCGCCGCUGCGCACAAUGUCUCCGUUGAAGAACAUGAUGUCGCCACCGAAGAGCAUACGAGCGCCUAUCCCAGCCGCGUUCAGGGAGGCCGCCUUGUCUAGCGCUCCUGGCCGUGGAGUGGAGAGAUCCAUGUCGGCGUCCCGUGUUGGGCAUCAGCGAGGGCAGAGCGCGGCGACCGCGCACGACCUGGACAUGACAAUCCGGGACACGAACAAGCGCAAGCGGGCGAGCUGGGAUGGACGCACGUACUGAUCGUGGUCGCAGCUCAGGUGAUGAUCCAAUCUCGUCGAGCGUGGAGGAGUGGCCCGUAUAUUGCUUUCUUCCCUGCAUCAUAUUCUUAACUUCCGUCUGUUAUCUACUUAUACGUCUGGGUCUUAUCUGGCACUUCGCGCUCCCUGAUCAUCCCCAAUUCUGCGCGGGGCUUGCUCCUGGCUCAAUGCUGUCUCCUAUCCACCUUACUUAUCCUCACCUUCCCGCCAAUUGCAUCGAUCGUGCACCCUGCAUCCAUCCUCACCCCACGCCUUCAUUGCCUGUGUUUUAUUGCUCGCCUUCGCCCCCAUUCUAUGUAUCAUUACCGUUUGUCUGUCUCUGGCCCCUGGAUGUCUCGAACUCGCAUUGUCUGACCACAACGCAUCUCAGCUAGAAGUAUCACUUACUUCCCUGUUGACUGACCAAUAUGAUCUCUAUGCUUUUCUUA